CCUAAUCCACGCAGGUGUCUCAGGAUGGGAUGUUUUGGUGAAAAAUACACAUGGCUCCUCCUUCCUCUGCUUCGCAUCUUUGUGACUUCUCUUUACAGUGUCAGUGUGGUUCGGUUGCUUUCUUUUUGAAAAUACAAAUUUAAAAACAAAAUAGAUAACAAAAAUAUGAAAACAAACUAGUGUAGACACAAUCUGACUGUGAAUGAAAAAGGGAAAUCCCCGGCGGAUAUGCGCAAGGUCACUGCACAAUAUGGAGCUUUAGACUCUUUUGAACUUUAUUAUGAAUUAACAUCUGUAGAGUGCGCGCGCUCGCUCUCUCUCUCUCUCUCUUUCUCUCGGAGAAACUGAAACCAUCUCUGGCGUAAUCUCCGGCAGCGGGACAUUUGAGUCUUCUCCAAAUCUCCAAACGGGUCCUUGCUAAUUCCCUGCCAAAACUAUCCGUGGAUUUCUUCCUUCUAAUCUCCCAUAAUGCCCUAUUCGAUUAUUGUCAAUGCUGUCCGUCCCCGCGCUUCCGUCUCUUAAAACUCUUUAGUUUUUCUACUGAGCUGGUCAGAUGAGGCACUGUCGCGCUAGGCAAGUCGAUGAGGAUAGCUUCAAAUAGCUUCUCGAUUUACGCAAGGACUUGGGAUCUGAAUUUUAUCAGCACUGAAAUAUGGACUAUGCAAAUUAUGACAGUUGACAAGGGCUUUUUGGCUGUAGACUGUUCGCCGGGCAUGGCUUUCCUCUUCGCUUGCAUUUUCCUGUCUUGUGCUGGCAAUGUUUGGGGAAACCAGCGGACUGAAGCGAGUGUCUAUUUGGAUAACAUCACGCGUGUGUUGGACAGGCUUCUAGAUGGCUAUGACAACAGACUUCGACCGGGAUUUGGAGGUCCUGUUACUGAAGUAAAAACUGACAUCUUUGUCACAAGCUUUGGUCCCGUUUCAGAUGUUGAAAUGGAGUACACGAUAGACGUGUUCUUCCGGCAAACGUGGGUGGACGAGCGGUUGCGGUUCGAGGGCCCCAUCGAGAUCCUCCGGCUGAACAACCUCAUGGUCAGCAAGAUCUGGACGCCGGACACCUUCUUCCGGAACGGCAAGAGGUCCAUCUCUCACAACAUGACCACUCCCAACAAGCUGUUCCGCAUCAUGCAGAACGGAACUGUCCUGUACACCAUGAGACUAACUAUUAAUGCAGAAUGCCCAAUGAGGUUGAUGAACUUUCCCAUGGAUGGACACGCCUGUCCCCUCAAGUUUGGUAGCUACGCCUAUCCCAUCAGUGAAAUCGUUUAUACCUGGAAGAAAGGCCCCUUGUUAUCAGUAGAGGUGCCAGAGGAGUCGUCGAGCUUGCUCCAGUAUGAUCUUAUAGGGCAGACAGUGUCCACUGAGAGAUUAAAAUCCAACACAGGUGAAUACAUAAUUAUGACAGUUUACUUCCACCUCCAGAGGAAGAUGGGCUUCUUCUUGAUUCAGACAUACAUUCCGUGCAUAAUGACCGUAAUACUUUCUCAGGUCUCAUUUUGGAUCAAUAAGGAAUCGGUUCCCGCUCGAACUGUGUUUGGUAUCACUACGGUCCUCACCAUGACUACCCUUAGCAUAAGUGCCAGGCACUCGCUGCCCAAGGUCUCCUACGCCACGGCCAUGGACUGGUUCAUCGCCGUCUGCUUCGCCUUCGUCUUCUCCGCCCUCAUCGAGUUCGCCGCCGUCAACUACUUCUCCACGCUGCAGGCCAACCGGGCGCUGCGCAAGGCCGCCGCCCAGAAAGCCGCCGCGAUGGAGGCCGCCGCCGCUGCCAACGAGGAGGAGCAGGUCGUCACGCCCCAAUCGGACGCCAACAGCAACCUGAAGAAGAGGGCGAGCUCCGCGCCCGCGCCCGCGCCCGCGGACUCGCCCGCCGAGCAGUACCCGCCGCAGCAGGUGCCCGCGUUCCUCCUGCAGGGCUCGGCGGUGCCCGCCAACAACCUGCUGACGGGCACCAGCAUCAUCGACAAGUACGCCCGCAUCCUGUUCCCCCUGUCCUUCGGCGCCUUCAACCUGGUCUACUGGAUCGUCUACCUCACCAAGGACACCAUGGAGCUCUCCAGGGAUAAGGAGUGAGCCCCCCGUCCCGGUUUCCCGCCUGUGGAAGGACGUUCUCAGGCCAACAGGGGGCGACAGUGAAGCGCAGCGGGGGGGUUCUCCUCCUUUGGUUUUUUUAUUUUCUGGAUUUGGGGGG